AUGGCAGAUGGAUGGAAGGACACAAAACAAAGACCGCUAGUUAAUUUCUUAGUUUAUUGUCCUAAAGGAAUCACAUUUCUCAAGUUAGUUGAUGCUUCUGAUAUCUAUGCAAGUGCUGAGAAUUUAUGCAACUUGUUUGUUGAAGUUGUGGGUAUGGUCGGUUCAGAAAAUGUACUUCAUUUUGUAACUGAUAGUGCACCCAACUACAAAGCUGCUGGAAAGCUUCUCGCUGAAAAGUUUCCCACCAUUUCUUGGUCUCCAUGUGCAGCUCAUUGUAUCAAUCUCAUUUUGGAAGAUGUGACAAAACUACCUUCUGUUCACAAUUUAGCACAUCGGAUGUCUAAGGUAACCAUUUUUGUUUACAACAAUAAGUCGACUUUAAAUUGGGUCAGAAAAACACCUGGUUGGAGAGAGAUCAUUCGACCUGGAGAAACACGUUUUGCUACAACUUUCAUUGCUCUACAAAGUCUCUAUCAACAUAAAGAAGAUCUACAAGCUUUGGUUACAAGUACAGAUGCUGAACUCAAGCAGCUUUUCAAGAUGUCUAAAGCAAAGGAAGCUAAAUUGAUUAUCCUAGAUGAGCAAAUGUGGAAUGAAUGCUUGAUAAUCGUCAAGAUUAUGACUCCUAUCAUUCGACUGUUACGCAUUUGUGAUGCUGAUGAGAAGCCUUCUUUGCCAUAUGUGUAUGAAGGGAUAAGAUGGGAUCGUAUGUUGCGCCAUGAUCUUCAUGCUGCAGCGUACUAUUUGAACCCAGCUUUCAUGUAUGAUCAAACUUCAGUUUGUGAGAAGCCUGAAGUUAUGAGUGGGUUGAUGAGCUUAAUUGGAAAGCAAACAGAGAACAGCAAAACAAAGCUCGUUCAAGAGCUUAGGUCUUACAGAGAACGUGUAGGUAGCUUUUCUCCUGAUAUGGCUCUUACUUGCAGCAAAACAUCUCAGCAAGAUGAAUGGUGGAGAUAUUUUGGUUAUGAUGCUCCUCGUUUGCAAAAGUCAAAAAGAAAAAGAUCAUAUGAUCCUGUUGACUAUGAAUCUAUUGAUAAAACAGAGUUUUGGAUCGUUGAAGAAGAAGGAGCAGGUGAAUUUGAAUAUGAUGAAUUAGAGAAUGCUCUUGCUGAAGAAUAUCCCAAAGACCACGAAGAUACAAACCUUGAAAAGUCUAAUGAUUUUGAUGAAAACUUCACUAUGCCACCUGAAGAACACAAGUCAUGGUGA